AUGGAUUUGGGGUUUAGAGGACCAAAAUACACAUGGACAAACUGCCAGGAAGGCCAGAAUUUGAUAAAGGAGAGAUUGGAUCGCUGUUUGGCUAAUUUGGAGUGGAGAGACAUUUUUCCCGAAGCUGAAAUUGUGGUUGAGGUGAUGACUAGCUCGGAUCAUGCAGUUCUGGUAUUACAAUUACUGGGGCAGCAUAAACAGCAACUGAAGAGGAGGAACUUCCGUUUUGAAGCUCGCUGGAUUCAUGAGCCGGGGUAUCAGGAGGUUUUUUUAGAAGCCUGGAACAAUUUAUCGGAAGAAGGAGACACUUGGCUACAGCUGGGGGAGAAACUCUCUCGCUGUCAAGCUAGUAUCUCCAGAUGGAGAGGGAGAGUCCAUGGCUCGACAUCAGCUGCUAUUAAGGCUUUGCAGCAAAAACUAAAUGAGGAGCAGGGCUGUGAGACUUUAUGGGCUGCAGGGGAGCUUAAAAAAAUUCAGCAAGACCUUGAAUCUUAA